UAAAAUGUUUGUUUAAUAAGAAUCGUAGUAUAUAUUAAAAAAUUUAUUUUCGCACAACUUUUAGUACUAGAAUAUUUAAAAAAUUAAAGCAAAAUGUGCCUUUCUUGUGAAAUGGACGAUAAGUGGCCUCCAUUUAUUGAGUUUAUGAUUUGGUUCUUUUUGCAUGGACUAAGUGUUGGAAAUCAUUUCGGUGUUUGGGCUGUAGUAAAAGUUAUGGUAUUGGAUUUAGACUAUACAAAUAAAACAUUACUAUCCAAUGCAACUGAUUGUUAUAAUUUAACUGUUUCUAACAAUUGUACAGAAUAUCCAUGGAAUAAACUUGAGAAGUUUCGUACUGGACUUCUUGUAUGUUGUUUUAUUGGAGCAUCAUUUUUUGUAGUACAUAUAUUUGUUCUAUUACCGAACAUUAUUCAAAGUUUUCGUGUUCCAGAUCCACUUUCAUUAAAAAUCAGUGGUGGUAUUUAUUUUCAGAAUUUGCUGAAGUGUCAUGUUAUUUUACUUAUAUUAGAAACACUUUUGUUUGAUAUCCCAGCAGGUUGUAUAACAAUGGAGGUUGUUUCAUUAAUUUGGGAAGGUCCAUUAUCAAUUGAUACCAACAUGAAAGCAAGUAAAAUAAUUUUCACUCUAUCCUUAGUGGGUCUUGCAUUUAUUGCUUUGUACAAAGGUAUGAUGCCUUUAUUUUUGUGGAUUGGAAAUCCUUUUUGUUUUCCAUGCAUACCAUUAAGACUACUGGUAGUUUUUCCUGGAGGCCUCAUUGCUCUUGUGAUGGUAUUUGGUCCUGCAAUGGGUGUUGCUCGAUCUAGGCUAUUGCAAUUUGCUCCAACAGUUCUUCAAGCUGAGAUAGGUGAACUAGCUAACACGUUUUUUUCUGUUGGAAUGAUUUUUUGGGGUGUUUUUAUCAUAGUAUUUUUCUGCAGUGGAUUUUUAUGGUAUAAGGUAUGUAGAGAAGGCGCUAGUGGAGAUAUAUGCAGUCUCUGCUGCUAGUCAUAGCAAUAUGCACGUUGUGAACAACAAAAAUUUGUGCUUUGUUGUAUUAUUUUUGUUGUUUUGGUGAUGAUCAUACUACUGUGCCCUUUUUGAGGAAACACAGAUUGAAGAUUUUAAAUGAAAUGAGGUGACGCCAUUCAAUUUGAAGUUUUGAAUGGUAGAGGAGACGUAGCUCAAUUGGAGUGUUUAUACAACUAAGACUGUUGUUUGUUUUGUUUUUAUUAAUAGAAAUGUAAAAUAUAUUUUGCUUUUGAAGUUUUUUGCUACAAUCUAAAGUUUUUUAGUUUUAAUUUAUUUAUUAUUGAAAUCUAAUUAAAAGUAUUUAUUUUUAACAAAGUAUUUAUAAAUUUAUUUGUAAUUUUUAAUUUAGUUUUUAAGCUUUAUGAGGAUUCUCGAGGGCUUUCUUUUUUUUUUCCUUUUUUUUUUUUUUUCAAUGUUUAUCUGAUGUGAUUUUGUAGCAGCGUGAAGUUGUUGUUUUUAAGAAAUUUCCUUUUUUUUCUUUUGCAAAUUUGAAGGAUUAAUUUAUAUUUCAUUUUUAUUUCCGUUUUGUUGUUUUUUUUCUUUUAUUAUCUACUUUUAAAGUUUUAUUGGAGUCUUGUAUUGUUAAAAAUGGUUUUUUUUCAAAUUCUGACAAUUUUUUGCGUUUUUAAAAAGUUUUUUGCGUUAUCUUUUUUUUUGUUGUUGCUUUUUUUGCUGCUAGUGUUGUUGUUUUUUUCAUUAUAUUCCAGAAAAUUUCUGUGUUGCAAGUGAUUUUUGUGUAGUUUUUAAAUUUUUUUCAAAUUUUUUUUUAGUGUGGUAUAGUUGAUUUUUAUUUGUUUGAAUUCUCAUUUCUCUAUUAUUGA